AUCCAAGAAGUGGUUCGCCUGCUCUUCUCUCUUCUUCUCCUCUUUUCCUUUUUUUCGAAGGAGAAACGGGGCAGUAGUUGCCUCUUCUCGCUGCGAUCCUCUCCUUUUUGUGGAGAGAGAGAGACGAGAGAGAGAGAAGAAGGUGCGAUCUGAGGGUCGAUUGAUCUUUUCCAACAGAGGAGAGUGAUGAGCUCCGAGGACUCUCAUGUGGUUGUUCCAAGAAGUUUUAGAUUGCUGGAAGAAUUGGAGAGAGGGGAGAAGGGUAUAGGUGAUGGAACUGUCAGCUAUGGUAUGGAUGAUGCAGAUGAUAUUUACAUGCGUUCUUGGACUGGGACGAUCAUUGGUCCUCACAACACCGUCCAUGAUGGACGAAUUUAUCAACUAAAACUAUUCUGUGACAAAGAUUACCCAGACAAUCCACCAACCGUGCGGUUCCAGUCUCAGAUAAACAUGAACUGUGUAAAUGAGGAAACCGGAAUGGUUGAACCCAGUUUGUUUCCAAUGCUAGCAAAUUGGAAGAGAGAAUACACCAUGGAGGACAUACUGACUAAUUUGAAGAAAGAAAUGUCGUCUCGUGAGAACCGAAGGCUGUGUCAGCCAACAGGUAAUGAUGAGCAGAGAGUUGAUCAGAAGGGUUUAAUGUUCAGGUGCAACAUCCUCUAGUGAUUGAGUUAAAUGCAUCGGCAAUGUGCAUAUAUUAAUUAUCUCUAUACAAAGAUCUGGUACUGACAUUGCUUAUGUAACAAAAAUGUUUGACAUGUAAAACUGAAGAUCAUGUGGAUUUUUCAAGUAGUUAAUAGAUUAAUGUAUGGGCUAAUUAUUUAGCUUGUAAUUAUCUGCCAAUUGUGAUUUAAAUGUGUACCCUGUUUGGCACUUGUCA